UUACCCGAACUACAGAUAAAUUUUCAUUUUAUACCUCCAUAUUCUCUUCAUUUUGGAGGUAUUUGGGAGGCUGCAGUCAAAUCAGUUAAAACUCUUUUGCGUCGUGUCUUAAAUUUGACACACUUAGUUUAUGAAGAGCUUUCAACGUGUUUGUAUCAGAUAGAGGCAAUCUUGAAUUCAAGACCUCUUACUCCUUUGUCUACCGACCCGACAGACCUAUCCUUUUUAACUCCAUCUCAUUUUUUAAUUGGACGGCCACUUCUCUCUGUACCCUAUCCCCAACUUGAAAAUACAAACAUCAACGUCCUUCAACGUCAUCAAAGAAUAGAGAAGCUCAGACAGCAUUUUUGGAGUCGCUACUCUCAAGAAUACAUCUAUCAACUUCAACAAAAACAGAAAUGGCAAACUUCUUCUGGGAAACUACAAAUCGGAGAUAUGGUGCUCAUCAAGGAGUCCAACGUGCCACCUUUGCUUUGGCUCUUGGGUAAAGUCACAAAGCUAACAAAGGGUAGCGACGGAGUCGGUCGAGUUGCCGAAAUACAAACAAAAAAGGGCACUUUAAUUCGGAGCUUCAAUAACAUGUGCCCUCUUCCGAUUCAUCAAUAACCAAAACAACAUUGAAGAUCAUACUUCAAGGCCCGGGA